GCACGCGUCCAGCCCGUCGGUUGCUCCCCAACCCCUACUCGAUCCACUCCCACGCCAAAUCCAAAACCCUAGCCCCGCCCCGCUCUACCCCACGACCCACCCCACAGACCAGCCGCCGCCGCCGUGCGGCCACCGCCCGCGGCCCCUCUGCGACUCCGCCUCGUCGCGGCGUCCACCUGCUCCGCCGCCGCCACCCCGUCCGCGAAAUCUUGGACUUUGAUUCGCAAAGGAUUAUACUAAGUCUACGAUUGGAGUUUUGGCGCCGUGGGAUGCGCGAGGAUGGCCGCGCGUAGGCUCGAGUUGCCGCGGAACGCCGCGGAGUCCGCCGUCCGGUCCAUCGGCCUCGGCUACGACGUCGCCGCCGACGUCCGCCUCAAGUUCUGCAAGCAGCGGGGCGAGCCGCUCAUCGAGCUCGACCGCGAUGGGGUGCAGGACAUCGUGCUCCCCGGCAGCCUGACCGUCGCCGGCGUGCCUAAAUCGAUCAAGUGCGACAAAGGGGAGCGCAUGCGGUUCCGGUCUGAUGUCCUCUCGUUUCAGCAGGCUAUGUGGCCAUGGGGUGGGAGUUGUAUCCAAGGGCAGUGCCGAGCUCCAAGCGUGAUUGAAUUGUAUCUCCGGCUGCUGAUUUCCUGCUGCUAGGGAGGCGUUGCUACUGCUGUUGGUCUUGGGGCGGCGAGGUGCCAGGCAAAGGAGGCGAGGAGCUGGGGGUGCGAGAUACUGGGACGAUCGUCAACGAGAUCAUGGGAUGAUCUACCGCGGUGCUUGCCGGAGGAGAUCAGGGCGGUGCUGACUGGGGGCGAAGGAGCUGCUGGGGUCAGUGAUGGAUCUGUGGGUUGAGGAGGUGCUGGGACGGCCAUGGAUCUGUGGGCGGAGGAGCUGUUGGGGACAUAUCGAUUUUUUGUUUGUAAAAUGAACAUACAGAAUGACUGACGUGUCUAUUUGUGUUUCCAUGUGUUCGAAUGAAAUCUAAAGUACUAUUCAUACGUUU